AUAAGAUGUUAACACAUGGGUUCUGUCCAUAUAUACACGGAGGUCUCCUCCUCGCCGCCUCCCCUCUCCUGCUACUGUUCCUCCUGUGAACAUGAGCGGCGGUUCUAGGGUUUCGAUCCCCGGCACCGUUCGAAGGACGAUUCAAGACAUCAAGGAGAUUUCCGGCGACCACAGCGAUGAAGACAUCUAUGCAAUGCUCAAGGAGUGCAACAUGGAUCCCAACGAAACUGCUCAGAAGCUCUUGUAUCUUGAUACAUUUCAUGAAGUCAAAAGGAAACGUGACCGGAGAAAAGAGGAAUGUAAUGUUGCAGCAUACAAAGUCAAGAGCAUCUGCAGGUCCCAGGGGAGCAUCAAGCACGCUAGGGCUGGGGGGGAGGGGUGGCCGAGGGAACUAUUCUUCUCAAAUUAUCCCUUAUGAUGCUGGCAUUGGGAGGAGUGUGGCUGCUCGAAAGGAAAAUGAAGGUUAUCAGAGUGUGAAAACAAAAAAUAAUGCAGCCUCUCAUUUGGCAAAAUAUUCAACUGUGACUGUCAGUGGUCCUGCAAAUAUCGGCAAUGGCGGUUUAAGCCACGGUGCUUAUGGAAAUGCACCUAAGUUGUCUGUUGCUGAGGCUACUAACUUCCAUAAUGACAGUUCUGGUAUUGUUAAUAAUAAGUUGGAAAUUGCACCACCUCAACCUACUGUUGAAUUUAAAUCUCCUCCAGCAGCCAAGCUUGCAUCAAACCGUACGCCCACUGCUUCCCUCCCCAAUCUGUCUGAAAACAAAGUUGAGCAGGAUAGCAGGUCAAUUACUGGUCAGGAUUAUUCAAAGCAGACUCAAAUAAGCCAACAUACGCCCCAUAAAGUGGAUAACUCAGAGUCCUCGUCACCAACCAAUGAUGAGUCUUUUUCUAAUCAUGAUAGCAAUUCACAAGGAGAAAUUAUUAAUUCUUCAAAAGUUAAAGCCAGCACUGAGCCCUUAUUGUUGGAGGAAGCAACUUCGAAAGUUCAUAAGAGGCCGGAGCUUAUCUUUCCGAAUGAUCUCCAAGUCCCUGAAGCUUAUAAAAAUGGGUUGAUUUUUGGAAGUGUUGAUGCUAGUUUUGUAAGAGGGGUAAACAAUGUCAAUGGGCUGGAACUGGAUGGUGAGAAGAGUUCAACAGCUGUUGCUGAAGCUUUUCAUGGAGGUGAUGAAACUGCCACUGAACCUUGUAUUAGCAAUCAAAGUAGAUCCUCAACUGCUGAAGAAGAGGUCUGUCCUGAUCCUCCGCAAUCUCCCCUGACCAUGCAAGCUACUCUAUUGCAUUCGGAGGGCAGUGUAACAUCCAAUGCACCUUCAAAAUAUGAUCAGCUGAAGAAUGAUAUGCUGUUGCCUCCAGAAGGCCCUCAGUACCCUGUUGUUCCAGCUGCCCCAGACUAUAGUUAUGGUUUUGUGUCACCAAUGCUAGGCAACCAGCCGGUACAAGUUGAAGGACCUGAGUCUCAAUCUCGAGAUGUUUCUCAAGUACCUAAUUUUGUAGGUGGCAAUUCUAUGACUUCAUCUACAUCAGGUCCAACUCUACCUGCAACUCAGCCAGCAGGAGUUUUGCAGGGCUCUUUAGCUGUAUCUCCACAGCCAGUUCCUGUUUUCAGGCAGCCUUAUCCUCCUAACUUCUUCCCUUAUAGCCACUACUACUCUCCAUUUUAUGUGCCGCCAACCAUCCACCAGUUCUUAGGCCAUGGUGGGUUCCCUCAGCAGCCCUCAACUGGCAGUGUAUAUCUGUCACCAGCAGCAGCAGCGGCUGCUGCUGCUGCUGGGGUCAAAUUCCCUCUUCCACAAUACAAGCCAGGCCUUAACCCAGGGAACUCAGCUCAAGUUGGAAUUCCCUCUGGUUUUGGUCCAUAUGGGUCUUCUGCAGUUGGCUACAGUCAUGGUCCAGCUGUGACCUCUGGAAACCCUGGUGGAAAUGAGGAUCCUGCUACAUCUCAGUCGAAGGAAAGCAAUAUCUUCACAACAGGACAGCAGGGGCAGAGCGAAGGUUCCGCUGUCUGGAUUCAAGCAGCCCAGGAUAUUUCUGCCCUGCAGGCCAACUCUUUUUACAACCUCCCCCAUCAGGGGCAGCACGUUGCUUUCUCACCACCACAUACUGGUCAUGGUGCUUUUCCUGGAAUUUACUCGGCACACACAAUGGCUCCUCCACCUACUGCUCACCCUCUUCUGCAACAGUCUCAGGCCAUGGCUGGAUCUGUUGAAAAGAUUGGGCCCCUAUCUGCUGUUUACCAGCAGCAGCAACAGCAAGCGCCGCAGAUAAAUUGGAAUGCUAAUUACUGAAGUAGGAGACUUAAGUGGGAGAGAGACUACAGCUGUAGAUGUACAACUUCAGAAUAGCUGGUCUGAUGAAGCAGAGCAAUUUGGGAGAUAGAUUAUGCCUUACAAGAGGGGCCUGAUCUGAGUGUAAAUAUAGUUGCGGCCUCGAGAAUUUUUUUGAUCAUUCUGGUUGGCAAGUUGUGGUGAAACUCACCCAUGACUGAUGUUGACUAUGCUAAGUUAACAGGAGGUUGGUAGGGGGCAAGUCUUUUCUGGAUCAACCCAUUUCUCCCCAGUCCUUUUCUCCUUGGAAAAAAAAAAGCUAUAGAUGGUCAAAACUUUUUUUUUUCUCUCUUUAAAUUUAAAUGUUCUUUUAAAAUUCUUUUGAGCUUUGUAGGAUUUUGUGAGGUGUGGUUGAUGGUGGGUAUUGAAGUCUCACCUGUAUAUUAAAUUUUGAUAGUAAUUCAGAAUGCACGGAAUUCAGUUACUGUGAAA